AAGAGGAGAGUGUGGGCGGUCAACGGUCAACCUCUGAUAGUCGGCAAGGAAGUGUUUUUAUCAGUCCUCUAUUGUCAGUUUUUAUUGUAAGUUGGAACCACUUUUCAAUUUCAGUCUGCUGUUCCAUCAAAACAGAAUGAGGACUGUGUGGAGCAAGAAGAAUGUUAUACUUGGGUGUAUUGUUGGUUUUAUCUUAUGGUUGAUGCUUCGAAAACAACAAUACAGGGCCAAGUUUGAUGCUUUAGUGAGAAAUUCCAAGCCCAUUGAAGUAUGGGAGUAUGUUGCUGACUUUAGUAACAUGAAAAGACUGAAUCCAACAAUUUUAGAUUUUACGAUUGAAGAGGAAAGUGGAAACUAUGACCAUUGGAAGUACACAGUCCACUACACAGAGUUCCUAUCAAAUUUGCCUUUCAUGUCAAAUUAUGCAGAGGCGAAUUACCAAGUGAAACCUCUCUCUGAGGGCACCUACAUCAUCCAGUCAACUCACACAACGUGUUUCUACUCGUCACUGGCCUGUGUGAAUUCCGUUUCAUCGUUCACUUUUGAACCAAAAGCUGAGUCCACGUUGUGUACAGAAGAUGUAAUUUACGAAUGUCCAACUAUAUUUUCAAAGUUUUGUGAAAGAGAAGUUUGGUUCCAACGCCAUGCUAUAAUGGAAAACUUGCAGAAGCAUUUUAAAUAAACUGCUUGGGAGAAAAUCUACUUCAAUAAAUUUAUUUACAAUAA